GGGAAAAUGAAAUGUCGAUAGAAUAAUAAUCGGAUGAUAUGCAAAAUAUUGGCAAUGCAGACGAAUAGAAUAUCAGAUAUUGAGUAGUUACUGUGGUACAGAUAUGCUAAUAGUUAGGCAUAUUUGUCAUCGUAUUCAAUAGACCUACUGUACAACGAAUAAUGAAUGAGUAACGGUACUCUGUACAUUUAGUUCGAAUUUUCUCCAUUCUGGACUGCUCGACUGAGGAAUUUGUUGUUUUCAGUUUUGGCAGAUAUUAACCUAGAAUGGAAUUUGAGGACAGCGAAAGUUUCUUUCCUCUCAUAUCCGAGGAUAACAUUUUAAUGACUCCCCCACGGGAGUCCGAUUCAGAUGAUCUAAUGGACAUUGAAUUUUCCUCACCAUAUGAGUGUUCCACUUGUAAAAAAAACACAGCCGAGUUAAAGAGAUAUUUAAAGUCUUUGACAACUGCAGCUCCACCUCUUGUGCCACACAGCAUGGAGUUGUUUGAUCAAGUUUUUCUAAAGGGGCAUUUUCAACAGCAGAAUAGGAACAAUGCCUUCAUGAUGAUGAGACAGUGGAUGAAUAUCAUUAACAACCCAGAUAGCACAUGGGAUGCUAAGAACAAAGUAGAAUAUCGUCAGGACAUAGUAAAAUUUCUGGAAUUCGUAAAGUACUUCAUAGCAAGUGAUGGUGCUAGUCGGGAUGUGUGUGAAGACAUAGUGAAAGAAAUCCACGGUGUUCUGCUUUAUAGUGACAGAUUAUCAGAAUUUGAACCAUCAGACUUGGGCGUUCAUGAGAUGAAUCGUUUCCACUCCUGUUUGGAUGUAUAUGUUGGUGUUCUUAAAAUUCUUCACAUAAUAGAAAUUAAAUCAACAGAUUCUUCUAGUAGCAGCUUCCUGAGAAAAUGUGUGCUGCAGAACCAAUACCCGAGCUCCGAGUCCGACUUCGAGUCUAUGGUUCAUCUGCUGGUUUGGGAGCUUGUGACACUAGCCAAAAAAUCAUUCAAACUCGAUUCCUUUGAAGAACUGCAAACAAAAUCUCCGUUUGUCUGUUCAUGUGUGUCAGAGGCAUGGAAACACAUCAAGAUGUUGGUGGACAACAUUCAUAAGGACAGUAGAGAAGAGUCCUUUUAUGUGCUUUUGUUUGACAUAAUCAAAAGAAUUCUCCAAGAACCGUCUGUGGAGACUAGCAAUGAUGAGAUGAAUUCUAAUGUCUACGAAUAUCCACCGAGGGUCCUUUUCGACAGUGACAAUGCAGAAUUCUGCUUGUGGAUUCUGGUUCAUAUGUCCAAAAUGGCUGGCAACAUCACUCAGCAGAAUUUAGGUAAAAAAGUUACAGAGAUGGUAUCAACUGUAUUAAAAUCCUGUUUGUCUAAGGAUAGUGUAACAGAAGGUCAACUCCGAUUUGUGGUCAGUAUAUGUCAAGACCUCCACACCGACACAAGGGCUAGCAUACUUAACCUCCUCUGGGAAUAUUUCUACAAGAAAAUGAACAACAGUUUUGCCAUCAACACCAGGAGCUUUGAUUCCACAGGAAGACUUAGCAAGAGUAUAGGUCAGCAGUUGGAACUAUGCACACGAAUUAGCAAAGGAGAAAGCAAAACAAGUGACAACAGCUACAUAAGAUUUCUUUCCAUUCUGUGUCGAACACUACAAGAAAAGGGAAGUUUGUCUUCAGAAUGGAAACAGACUAAAGGAAGGAUAUUUUCAAAGUUCCACAUAAGACGAAUGCAGGAGCUCACAGACACUGGGCUGCAUAACUUCUUCUGCCUCUUUUUGAGUUUGGCUGUAACAGCAGACACGGAAGAAAUUGUUAGCAGAAUGUGUAAAUACAGUGAUAUGAUAUCUGGUGUUGAGGACCUGGCAGUCAGAGGAAGUCUAAUGAAGGGCAGAUUUGCAGCUGUUCUUCUGUACAUUCAGAGAAACGUCAACGUGAACAAUCUUGCUGAAAAGCUGGCAGAUGACUUCAAUUCAGCCUCCAUGAAACUGGGUCAGGAUGAGAUGAGGCGUUACAAUCACUGGACCGUGGUCUGUGCAUACCUGGAGCAUGUGACUGAAGUAUUUGAAAGAAGCAGUGAUGUGGAACUGUCACAGUAUCUAUUUAUAGGGGAUGGUAUUGGAAGGAUACUAGAUUCUUGUAAAAGUUCAGAAAUCAGUACUAUAGUCAUUUCAUUGCAAGAGAUACUCUCCAAGUGCAGAGACAUCAUUUCAAGAAGUUUCGUCAUGACUGCAUCAAACUCGGCUAUGUACGCGGCAGUGAUGACCAACAUCUCUCCCUCGCUGAGGACUCUCUGCUGUAGUGUGACAGCACCACUACCCUGUGCCGACCUGUUAGCAGCUUUGUGUUUAUUGUCUGUAGAUUGUAAGACAGAAGAAGAUUUUGUCAGCAUCUUCAAGUUUUCUCUCAGUGAAUCAAUUAACAAAAGCAUAUCAAGUCGCUUCCUGUCCCAAGUUUUGUCGGUGGAUGGAGUCGUACAACGACUGUCGGAGCACUUCCCAUCAUAUGAGGGUGCACUAAUACAGGCCUGGGUCACCUCCUCAAUACUGGUGCCUCAGUCUCCCCUCAGGCUCAAAGAUUUCAUGCAAGUGCCAGCUGUACGAGAGAUGUUUACCGUUAGUGGAAUGGCACCUCCAGAAGAUGGACAGAUCAUUCAUUUUAUACAGGCAAUCCAGAAAACAUACGAUAAAACCACUGGCUGGAAGGAGAGGAUGUGUUUGAGGGAUAAGGUGAUGCAAUUCUUUGUUGACAUUCAUAAACAUAUAGCUCCAGUCAUGCAUGCUCUACAUCCAGCUGAUAUUCUAAAGAAUGUGUAUGCUGUGCUAGGCUACCUGGUGAAACACUGUGCACCUGUCCUGUUUGUUCAGUCCAAGCCAGACUGUCCCCUACCAAACAUCCUGACUGCCUUGAUUGUCCCUCACUUCAUGUUCAAUGCUGACAAACCUCCAAAGUCUGCUUUUGUAAACAUUGUUGGCCAGCAUCUUCAUCAAUUUGUGAUAGGUCUCUCCAAGCUUGAAUACAGACGAGCAACUUAUGUCAACAGAAAACUAGGGGAUAUUGUUACUAUAUAUCUGCCCAAAUAUUGGAGCUCUUCUCUAGGCCCAGCAAGGUCACACCCACUUGUGUUGUCCUUAAAGUCCUCCUUCAGUAAGAGUCCAUCAGAAACUGAUCUGGCCUUCAGACACUUCAUGCUGGAACUAGUUUGUGAGAAAUAUCUUCAACUUAGUCACCAUAGCUACAACCCUAAUCAUCAAUAUGCGAUUAAGUUUCUGCUAGAAGUGAUAAAACACACAACAGACCCAGAGGUUGUGGAGAGUGACUGUCGAAUUAUACUCUGCCCUAUCCUGAAGGUUGACCUUUUGACCUCUACCCAUCAGUCCAAGCUUCUAAUUCAGAAUGUUAUGGAGGCUGUGUGUUUAAGUCAACAAAAAACAGACAUAUCUAACGUAUGUACCAUAUUGUCUAAAUUCGUCAAAGAUCAUAAGAAAGGUCAUCUGGAGGCCGUAUUCAACACCUUACACAAACUUCCUCCAAAAUGUGGGCCCUACAUAUCACAGAUCAGUCCCCAGCUACAACACUGCGUGAUUGAAAAUGAAGCCUUUAGGGGUGUUGGCAGGGACGGUACAGUCAGGUCCAAAUAUUAUCAGCUUAUGAAGCACUUCAAUCUGGAAGGACAGUGCAAAUGAAAUAGCUGACAUUUGAGUUUGGAAUGUGAUAAGUGAUAUGUUGUUAAAUAGUGGUGAGUUUCUCCGUGACAUGGACAAUCCCCACUGUGGAAUGAUGCCGCAUUAGGAGGUGAAAUGAUGCCGGAUUAGGGAGGUGAAAUGAUGCCGGAUUAGGGAGGUGAAAUGAUGCCGGUGUGUCAGACAGUGUCAAUGUACACUGUAUGUGUUAACUAGAACAGCACAGCAAGACUGUGAAUAGAAGUGUUCAGUCAACUAACAUCUCUAUGCACUAAAUAAAGAAGGAAAUAGACUCCAUUUGAUUGAUACAAUUUUCUUAUUACUUUAUAGUUAAUUACAAGCUGUAAGUGUUACACACAUUUUCGUAACACAUCACUUUGUGAGGCAGAAUGCUUCUGUGUUAUAUUAGAAUAUAUUUAUAUGUCCAAUGUUUUUGCCUUUGGUAUCUUUUAAAAAUUGUAAUGGGAGCCCUCAUGCAUGCGCUGCAGUUGUGAACAAUGCGUGUAUAUUAACGGCUGGGAGUUCCGAUAGAAAAAACAGUAGAAUGUAAGUAUGAAAAUGAUUUUCAUUUUCGAUAAUACAUUAGGGUGUGAACUUCAGUGCUUCUCGCUGGCAUCCUUCAUGAAGCACUAUUUUCAAAAAUAAAGUAUGUUUCUUAUGUGUGUCAUUAUUCUUGUUGAUUGUUUUAAGUCCCGUCGAGAAUUUUUUGCUCAGACGUCACAGCUGAAGGUGAAGUACCACUAAUAUAGACCUAUGCUUAGCGCUCAGGGCUCAGUCCACGGAC